GGUGCUGAGGUGUAAGGCAAAUGUAGCACAUUUCCUGAUAGUGAAGUUAAUCACUUCAGUCUCUCAGCACGUUAAUUUGGUAAGUAAAAGAAGAAAAGGGGCUGAAAACAAUAAAUGGUGUCAUACCUGUGGUAUCUGUCAUCCAUCUUUUCAUUUUCCACUUCAGGGUUCCAGUCCUGAAGCCCCAUAUUUGCUCAGUCCCCAAGCAGGAAGAAGAAAAUCCUUUACAGAGCUGCUCUCUCAGGAGAUUAAAUCACCACACAACCUUUGUAGUGCUUUAAUUUGGUGAAGGUUUAACACAUUUUUGUUAAUUUGACAAAACUUGCGAUUUUUGAUGCCCAAUGACAGUAGUACACAGUUGGCUUAGUCUGGUGUUGAGUCUUCCUCUUUUUCAGCUGUUCAAUGUCUUCUAGAAUCACUACUAAUUUUAACUGCCAUAUGCCAGCAUGCUCUGAAGAAGCACGAAGAAGAAUGAAGAGGAGAAAAAAAAACAACAACCCCGCAAUAUAAUGUGCUACGUGUCACCCAUGAGCAACAGCACACAGGAAAAACAAAGAGGAAGUUUGGAUCUCCCUCAUCCCCAGCUGUUGCUGUGCUGUGCAGUGUGGCUCCUCUCUCGAAAACCAGGACGUGGGCCUAAGGUGCAGACACACCCCAGGCCCUGAGACAGAUGGCAGCUUACACUGGGUGUGCCACAGCCUGUUGUUAAGGGAGUUGUGUAACCACUCACAUCUGAGUUCCUAUUGCACUUGUGCUGCAACGUAAUUAGUGGGGAAAGGGGGGCAAAGAAUGACACUGUUGUAGUAAUAUGUCACUAAUCUACUUCCUAAAAUAAAAUACAUGCACCUUGCCUUUCAAUGUGGUUCCAUACAAAUAUGUUCUGCAGAGCUGAAUGGUGAUACUCCACCGUUCUGAGGUAGGAUUCAGCCCUCCGGUUUUUUCUACAGAAGGUUUUCAUCGUGAGUGUUCCGACACCGAAAAUAACACAACUUUAAGCUGCACUUGAGUCGAAGGUCCGCAUCUGUGUUCCGCACGCAGCUCCCUCGAAGGCAUGGCGCGGGAGAGCGCAGACAUUGCUGAGGAAAGAACGUGUAACGACAGAGCUGCCCUCUUUCGGCAACGUGGAGAACUGUUUCGUGCUCUCACGGCACGAGGAUACCAACUUCAGGUUCGUGUAGCAGCCCCGAGGUGCCGCAGCGCUGCACGGUGCCCGCCGGAGCACUCACACCCGCGGGCUCUCCACAGCCGCCCGCGCCCUCAGCCAGGCGGCCGAGGGGCGGAGAGGCCGCCCCCCUGCGGGCCGGAGGCCGCGAGGCAGCGACAGGUGCCGGCCCGGCGCGGGUGGGCGUCGGCUGAAGGGAGCCUCCCUCAGAGGUGCCUCGCGGAGCGCCGGGACCGGGCGGGUGGGAGAGCGCGGUGCCGCUGCUCCCCCCCCGGCAGGCAGCGGCGGGCGGGCAGGCAGGAGGCGCUUGGCGGUGUCCCUGCGCCCCUCUCCGACGCACUCGGGGCGGGGGAACGAAGGGGAUAUGAAACUCGCCGCGGCCCAUGCGGCGCUGAGGGGCUGCGAGGUGCGGGCGGCGCCGCGAUGCCCGGCGGCGGGAGGGCCCCGACGUAG